AUGGUCACCCCCGAAACUCGGAGACUAUCCCGCUAUCUUCCCCGGAAGGUCAACCGUUCGUCCCCGUAUCGCAACGUGGUCGCCCGCGUAACUCCGAUCCCCACGGCAACGGACCGCAAAGCCCGGGGAGUACCGGAGAGGGUGGAGCUGACACCGCUGGACACGCCGCCGAUCAAGCCGUGGAACGUGGAGGGCCAUGGGAGUGUACCGCUAAGCAUGCCGCCGCUGAAGGAGACCACUGCCGGAGCUCAUGGGACCGUUGGGAGCUAUGAUGGCCGUCUGCGGAACUCCGACUCCGACCGCUGUAUCGAGCGACAGGCCGUGCAACGGGACCGCCACCGCAGCGAGGGGGACCAUGGGGCACCGCUGAGCACGCCGCCGUUGAACGAGACCGCUGCCGGAGCUCAGCUCGUGGGACCGUAUGGCCGUCCGCGGAACUUCGUCACCGACCGCGGCAUCGAACGAGCCGUGGAACGGGACCGCUACCGCAACGGGAGGGACCGUGGGGGUCAGGGGCAUCGCUGGGCACGCCGCUGUUGA